UCUUAAUUUUUGGUGAUAAGUGAAAUGGGUUUUCUAUAAGUGUUCUAUUUGUUAUUUGUUGCAAAUUGAGUGUGAAGAAGGGGGGAGUGGGUAGUUGGAGUUUAUAUUUUUAUUUUUGGAAUGCACUCUACGUGUUUGAUGAAAUGUAGUAGUUGAGUUUAAUAUUUGAGCAGUCAUGAUUUUUACUUUUUGGUGAUAAGAGAAAUGGGGUUGUUGUUAGUAUUUUAUUUGUUGCAAAUUGAGUGUUAAGAAACUAAUAGUUGGAGAAGAGGAGGAGGAGGAGGAGGAAGAGUGGGUAGUUGGAGUUUACAUUUUUACUUUUGGAAAUGCACUCAAGGUGUUUGAUGAAAGGCUGUAAUUGUGUAAAAAUAGAUUCUUGAAAGUAAAAAUAACUUUGACACUACUACAACAUUUCAUCAAACACCUUGACUAAGAACUAUUAUACACACAUCUAUUGUAAGAAUUCAUUAGAAUUUGAGCUUAGUUGUAGGGGUUGAGUUAGGUCGAGGUGUUGUAUCUGAAGAUGAUAUGAGAGCCAGGUCCAUUCCGUUUGGGCGCCCGAAUAAUGAUUCGGUUGGGCCUGGGUGUUAAGAGGCGUUAGAGUGUGUUAGAGUUUUACAUUAGUUGGGGAAUGGACUGAUAGUAAAUGGACUAGGGCAAUCAUCCCCCGUGAGCUAGCAUUUGGGUGUUGAGUUAUACUCAGGUGUUAUAUCUUUACAUGGUGUGAUAUGAGAGUUAGGUCCAUCCUGUUUGGGCUAAGUUCAUGCUUUAGUUGGACUUGGGCGUGCAGGGAGUGUUAAAAUGGGUUAGAGGAGUCUCAUAUUGGUUGAGGAAUGUACGGGUGCUGAACUUUAAUAGACUUGAGCAAUCCUUCCCUCAUGAACUAGCUUUUGGGGUUGGAUUAGGUUCGGGUGUCAUACCUUUAUAUGAUAUGAGAGUUAAGUCCAUUUCAUUUGGGCCCUCGGUUCAUGCUUUAGUUGGGCUAGGGCGUGAAAGGGAGUGUCAAAGUUGGUCAGCAUUCGAUGGUGGUUGAGGAAUGGAUCGUGAUCUAUUUAUCUAGAUUUGGGCAAUUCUUUCCUCGUGAGCUAGCUUCUGUGGUUGAAUUAGGCUACAACAACAACAACAUACCCAGUGUUGACAUGACUCUUCACUUUAUGUUUAAAGUGUACGUACACAGUCCAUACAUAAGUUACUCGAACUCUUCACUUUCAGUUCCGCACCCGCGUCGACACGAUGUGGGUGUGAGUGUGGGAUCCGUACCCGAUCUGGUCAACCCUUUUUGGGUACUUUGACCAAAAUCGACUGGGGAAGUCUUGACAAAUAUAAGAAAUUUUGUAAUCAAAACAAAUGCCAAGGUGAAAUUGAAGUAAAUGAAUACCUUGUAUAUAGAAAUUUCUAUGUUAUUGCUUUUCCUUUAUCUCCUUUCAGGAUUUUCUUCUUGAACAAUAUUUUCUCCUCAAUUUUUCCACAUAAUAUCUCAUAAUUUAUGUUUCAUAACUCUAUUUUUAGAUGUUUAUAUUAUUUUUCGCCGAAUCUCCGCAUCCAUAUCCAUCCCUAGAUCCAUAUUCCUGAAUCUUUAAAUUGAGGCCUUGAAAGAUUCGACCUCUAGGUAUGUACCCGUAUCGGAUACCCGCACCCCAGUCCGACCAACUUAGGUCCAUACCACUAUCUCAGAUGAAGUAGAGAGGUUGUUUCAGAUAAACCCCCCCGCUCAAGAUAGAUAACAGUAUCACAAACAAAAAAUAUAAAAGCAAACAAUAAAAAGAAAUAUCACACCGCCAUAUAUAAUAAAAGAAACAAGGCACCCAUAAGGAAAUACUAUAAACUAGCUAUUUGAAAUCGUAGACAUCACCAAUACACCACGAAAAGAGAUUACAAGAAACUACAGGCACAUACAAACAAAGCACUCUUCCCUACUAUUACGGACGUACUCCUACCUACUAACCCUCUACCCUAAUCCGCAUCAUCCACAUCUUCCUAUCAGGGGUCAUGUCCUCCAAAAGUUGUAACUGUUGCAUAUCAUGCCUAAUCACCUCCUUCCAAUUUUUCUUCGGUCUACCUCUACCGCACCUAAAACCAUCCAUAGCCAGCCUCUUACAACUCCAUACCGGAGCAUCUGCGUCCCUCCUCAUCAAAAGCCCGAACCAUUGCAACCUCACUUCCCGCAUCUUGUCCUUCACCAAAGUCGCUCUCACCUUCUCCCGCAUCUUGUCCCGCAUGUGUGUUUGAGUUAGGCAUAAGUGCUACAUCUUUGCAGUUAACAAACAAAUAAGAUCUAUUUUAUCGAAGCUGCUAUGAGUGAUCCGGAAGUCAAAUCAAAUGAUGCACAAUCAAGCUCCCAAGAAGCUAAAAAGCCCCAGAUUGAACCUAUUCGGAUGCCUACUGUGGAGGAAAUAAGGGGCCAAGACAUUUGGAACAACUGUGCAGUUCGUAGUGUUGUUAGCGGAGUCAUGGGAGGGGGACUUGGGUUGUUCAUGGGUAUGUUUCUUGGGGCACUGGAUAACCCAAUAAUGCAAGAGGAAAUGACUACUAGGCAACAAAUUGUAUUCCAAGCAAAGCAGAUGGGUCGAAGGAGUUGGAGUUCAUGCAAGACUUUUGCUGUUAUGGGUUUGGUUUUCUCUGCUGCUGAGUGUACUGUUGAGAAGGUACGGGCAAAGCAUGACAUGACAAAUACAGCAGUUGCAGGGUGCGUAACAGGAGGCACAUUAUCAGCUAGAGGUGGACCAAAAGCUGCGUGCAUGGGCUGCGCUGGCUUUGCGACAUUUUCAGUCUUGAUAGAGAAGUUCUUGGAUAGAUAUCACUAAUCCAAGUAAGUAGACAAGGUGAAUCAUUCUUCAGCCUGGAUGAUGGAAGUUACUUACACCAAACCUACUUUAUAUUUAGGAUCAGAUUCAUUUUGCCCCACCCAAAACUAUGAAACUAAUUGUUCCCAUUCCAUGACAAUGGUGCACAAUGUUGUAGACAUGCCACUCACUUUCAUCGUCAUAUUUGCCUUCUGUUUUACGAGGAAAAUCCGGAUUCAUAUAGCCGAUCCCAACUUGUUUGCGACUAAGACAGUCAUUGAUUUUGCCCUCUAUCCUGGUCCCAGAAACUGGGAAAAUUGUACCAUUUAUUUAGACAUGUUCAAGACAUUUUGGUUUGAUAAGUUACUGAGUCGAGGGUCUAUGGGAAAAAACCUCUCGACCUCACAAAGGUAGAGGUAAGAUUUGUGUA